AUGCUGCCAAACAUAGACUAAUUUUUAGAAUAAUUGAGAUUAGAUAAGCUCCAUAUAGAUGAAAGAUCUAAAGAACGUUAAGAGUAAUAUAACAAAGCGACGCAACUAUAUUUGAAAUCAGUUUAAAAUGAAAUGAAUACUCUUGAUAGAACUAGCCAAGCUCAUCAGCUUAGAAAUAAAGAAUUUAGAAACCAAAUUAAAGAUGUAUAUUCUAGAUACUUAGCCAACUCGUAUAGAAUAAUUAAAUCUCAAAAAAAGACAGUUGCUGAAAAAAUUUAUCUCAAUGAUUUCUUAGUUUUGGCAUAUCCAGAUUAUGCUGAUAAAUAAAAAGUAUAAAUGGAAAAGAAAAAGUCCUAGCUUGAAAGAAGACUUGAGACUUUAAAAGAUCUUAACAGAAAAGAAAAUAUAAACUUUUAUGAAAUUAUGAAUCAAAAAUAUGAGAGUUUUGAAUACCUUGAUCAAAUUAAAGCAAAGAGAGAAUAACUUGAAAGGGAAGUGAUGGAAACUAAGAAAAUGCUCAAAAAGACUAGUUCUUAAGCAGAGUUGGAGACUGACAAAAGAUAUAUGAAGGAAUUUAAGGAUUUAUAUGGAACAGAAUACUAUGAUUAGAAACCACCUAUCCCUAAGCCUGUUUAAGAAAAAUUCAUACAACCUAAAAAGUCAGAAAGGGAUUUAAUUGAUGACUUUUUAUUACCUAGUGGUAAAGAAUAUGAUAGGAAAUUCUUUUCAAGUUAUUAACCUGAAAUUAAAGAAGUUAAAAAUUUGUAAUAGUAUAUCACUUAGAAUAAUCCUCCAAAACCCUAAGUCUUAAAUGAUUUACCAAAAUAAAGUAUGCUUGAUAAAUUUAUAAUGAAGGGUUCCACAUAAAAUUUGAAUGGCUCUUUCAGAGUUAUUCCUUCAGUUAGAGUAGAAGAUCCUAAAAAAACACUAUCAGCAUAAAGAAAUAGGCACAGUAAUUCAGCUGUAGGUUUUGGAAAUACAGGUCAAAUUAAUUUCGAAGAUUCAAGAGAAAACUCUCCUGAAUAAAAUUAUUAACCAAAUAUGAAUAUAUCACCAGGAAAACCUCCAAGAGGAAAUUAUUUAUAAGUACCUCGCUCAAAUAUUGACAAUAUAAAUUUACCAUAACCUAAAAGAAAUGACAUAUAUAAUUCUGGGAAAAAAAAACUCGAAUGA